UGGGCACCCCCACCCCGCCACCUGGGGAGCGCCGGUGCCUCGAGAACGCCCGGCUCCCGGAGAGUCGGCUUAGCGUCAGCUGGGCCCCGGAACAAGAGCGGACGCAUCUGGAGUGGGUGGGCGCCUUGGCCUUCCCUUGGAGGGCUUGUCCUGUGGGCACUGCUGGAAGUAAGCCUGAAAUCCAACGAACUCUUAACAGGCUGCAGACUUAGGAGAUGCCUGAGACAAGGAGACCAAUUUCUCAGGGCAAAAAGAAAAGGAGGUGACAGGCACUGAGACCACUGAAGGGAUCCCAUGGCUAGGAUCAGUUUUUCCUACCUCUGCCCAGCUUCCUGGUACUUCACUGUGCCCACAGUGAGCCCAUUUCCACGUCAGCGGGUGGCAUUCCUAGGACUCUUCUUCAUAUCCUGUCUCCUUUUACUUAUGUUAAUCAUGGACUUUCGACGUUGGGGUGCUUCAUUACCACGAGAUAGGCAAUAUGAAAGCAAGCAUUUAUUGAGCAACCAUUAUGUGCUGGGUGAUGAUAAGCACCAGGACAUGGACACUUCGCCCAUGAGUAACUUCAGACAUGGAGCAGCUCUGACUGUAGGGAGGUUACAGGGUUUGGCUUUAAUUUCACGUUGCAGCAUUUCUGUGCACUUGUUCCAGGAUUACUGUGGCAUGGCCUGGUCAGUACUAACUCAGAGAUUCAAGAAUGGCCUCUUUUCAUCACAUGCAGAUGAGCAUCGACUCAAAUAUCAGUGUUUUAAAUCGGCUUGGAUGUACCAAGUUCUUCAUGAAGGAUUCCACUUUCCCUAUGACUACCCGCACCUGCAGACAGCCCAGCUGGUAUAUGACCGAGAGGUUCAGUGGACACUGGGAGCCAUUCUGUAUAAAACACGAUUCUUACCACUCAGGGAUCUGCGGCAAGAAGGUGUUCGGCAGGCCCAUGGUAGCUGGUUCCGCCUCUCCUUUGUCUACAACCACUAUCUCUUCUUCGCCUGUAUCCUGGUGGUGCUGCUGGCCAUCAUCCUGUACCUUCUGCGGCUACGCCGAAUUCACCACCGACAAACUCGAACCUCGGCUCCACUGGACUUGCUGUGGAUUGAGGAGGUGGUGCCCAUGAUUGGGGUACAGGUAGGGCCGUGAGGCCGGACAAGGACUUGGGAAGCUUGAAUACCCCAGAGUUGCUGCCCACUGAGUUCCACCACUUUCUUGUACUGGCCUCAGAUGCUGCUUUGCCUGACCUUGGGAUCUUUGGCCUUGGAAUUUCUACCUUAAUAUCUACUUUAAUUCCUUUUCAAUAUCUAGGUCCUCUUCUCUGAGAGAAGCUGUAAUUUAGUCUGUGAAGAACUAAAUAAUGAGAGUUUGGUGCUAACAAAGAGGACCAACCGUAGUCCAGUUGAAGCAUGCUCCUACCCCUUUAUCCGAAAGGUCUGGUGUGUUCCUGGCAUCUAGAUUUUUCUCCCCUUGCUAAAGCAUGAAGUUUGGCAUUGGGCAAACUGGAAGCCUGGUUAUAACCAAACUGGAGCAUCUGAUAACAAAGCCGAAGACAUUCCAGCAAGUGCAGCAGCCCCUUCUUUCUCUGUAACAGAGAUAUCAUAUAUGUGGACAUCCACACCCUUUAGUAGGGAUCCAAGAUAUUUGCAUUUCAGUGGAACAGAUAUGAACUUCCAGACAAACAAAAUAACAUAGUUUCUUUGCUUACUUGACAAAUAAGUCAUUAUGAGUGUGGUCCAAGAUCCCUGACAUAAUGUUGCUGAUGUUAAUUAAUUAGCAUGUGAUUUUAAAAGGUUAGAAUCCCUUCUAAGUGAAUGGUCAGUUGAAGACUUUGACAGUAUCUUAUGUAAUACCUGGUAUGACCAGGAUAGAAAAUGUUUCUGUGUCUAUGUGCUUCACCAGCUGUUUGGGCAUUAAUUUUUCUUUUUGAGCCUUAAGUGUGUUUGUAGGAUGGAGAAGCUGAUGGGAUUGGAGAUCUGGAUUUGUCUGGUUUUAAGUCACUGUCUCUAGGCCUAUUUUUAUGAACCCCUUUACAGGAAAACAUAAAAAGAGUUCCUUUAUUUCACUAAGAUCAAUACAUAGUUUAAUGCAUAGUUUGGGAAGGGAUAUAUUUGGGGUGUUUUUAAAGAAGGAAAGAACAGUAUCAGGAGAGUGGGCAAAGGCAAUAAAACCCAGGCUCUUAUUUAUUAAUGUUUUCCCGAGAAAUAGAAAUUUUCUCAAUUUGGCUCUUGGAAUGUCUGAAAAGAAGCAAAUUCUAAGCUUAGGAAUACAUAGGUAAAUCUGUUAAUAAGCCACCUGGCAACUUUCAGAACCUUUGUUAAGAGAUUGCUCAGUCGUAGAGCGCAUUUCCGUUAAUGAGAGAGAAAAGCCCUAUGAUUACAUUUCAUCCACUGCCCUUCAGGAGCUCUGUUCCUCCCCUACAUGUAGCCUUUAACUUGCACCUUCCCCCGUGGGAUCUUCCUCAUGCUUUAUCCUUUCCUACAUGUAGCGUUGAAUGUCCCUCCCAAGAAUAUGCUCCCAGACUUGAAGUAGCUUUGUUUUCCUUUUUGUCACUUUAUUUUUAGGGCUGACUUUAAUGGGGAAAAAAGUAGAAUUAUUAAAACAUAAAUUCCAUAGUGGGAUCAGAAAGGAAUUAAAUGCUUCAUAAAACAGAAAAAUCAAGAUCCUCCUAGAAAUGAACAGAUGAAAAUAAGUAUACUCACUCUUAGUUGGUAGGUGAAAAGAUAUGAGUCUUAAAUUGUUUUCAAAUUAGAUAAAAAUGAUCUAGCAAAGGGUCUUAUAGCUCCCUCUGGAAAUAUUUUUACUUUUCAUUAGGGUUUUAUGUCACAGCAAUUUCCUUUAAUCUUUAAGACUUCUAAAUUGCCUUGGUUUUCUUUGACUUCUUACCUUUGUAUCACUGUGAGUGAACCUUCGUCAUAUGAGUGCUGCUUAUAAAUAAUGUCAGAAUAUGUUUUUUGCUAGCCAGUGCCUCCUCAGGUACUCUUUCUUUUUCCCUCACCUUGGUUUCCAAAUACUAUUUUUGGUUUUCUUGUGAGAUCUGGUCAGUGAUCUGGUCAAAAACUACCUAAUUGGCUAUUAGUGAUCACAUUCGUGUGCUCGAAAUGAAGCUGAAGCAGGGAGGAGGUGGUGAUGAAUCCAGUUUGAAAGCUCUUAUUAAUGAAGUUGUUAUUCUUCCUGGUUAUAAUAAUGAUAGCUGCCAUUUGUUAAGCAUUUACUGUGUACCAUACACUCUUAAGAAUUUUAUGUAUAUUAUUUAAUCAUGACAGCCUUUCAGAUGGAUAUUACUUUUUUGUGUUCUUUUUAUAAUUGAGAAACUCAGGAUAUCCUAUGCUUAUCAUUUUUUCAAUGUAAAUGUAUUUCUUAUUCUUAAUUUAUUUUAAUUAGUUCUUGAGUUUUUGUUUAGUGUAUUAUAUCCUGUUUAUUAUUUUAAUAUUAUAGGAUCUAGGCUUGUCUUUGUUACUAUAUGACUUUUCAGAGUUCCAUGGUAUAAAUGUAAGAAGGACAAAUUUUUAUCAUACUCCUCAGAAAAACUGAGUAUUUGCUGUCGGUAUUGGUUUCUGUGCUUCUUUCAUUGCUCCCAGUUAACAGUUUUAAAUGAAAUCUCAUUAGCUAGAGACAGGAGCCAUUUAUUCUUUGAAGGCCAAUUACUUAUAUUGCUUUCUCAUAAUCGUCUUGCGAAUGGACUCAAUCUUGUCUUUAACCCUCUUUAAAGAUUUUUUAAGAUUUUUUAAAGAUCUGUGUUUGUAUUUCUGCAUUUUCAGUGGUUUCCCUGUGAAGAUAAUUAUGAUUUCAUUUAAAUUCACAUCCCAGCAGUUCCUUUGAAUCUUACCAGCCAGUCUUCUUGAUAAUAGCAAAAUGAAUGUGAAUGGUUUUAGUACUUUUAUCAUUAGCGAGACAGGCCACAAAUGUCAAAAUCAGAGUCAGUGGCUGAUAGGAUGUGAUGCUUUAUUAGUCUUACGAUGGCACAACCCAUCACUUUUCUCUGAAUUCUUGUCACUAGGACGUAAUGAAAAUAUGUAUCGUACCCACGUAUAUGGCAUUAUGUUGAUUUAAGUUGCAUUUAACUCUAGGCAAAAUCAUGCCAUCUUCAUCUCUGUACAUUAGCUCCUUGGAUUGAUUUUCCUUGGUGUAGGGAAUUUAGUCACUUUCUAACAACCUUGUCUUAAUCUUUCAUGUUAUCCAAAGCAUUCUGCCUUCCCUCAGCCUGACAGCUUUUUUUUUUAACUUCAAAGGCCUUGGGCAGUGAUUAUUAAAAUGUGGUUGAUUGAGUCUGUCAUGCACUUACUAAGCUAAUCUUUUCAGGUAUUAACAUUUAGUAUCACAUCUAUAUUUGUUGUUGUAUAGUUGACACAAAACAUCGUAUUAGCUUCAGGUGUACAACACAAUGACUUGAUAUUUGUCUACACUACAAAAUGAUCACCACAAUGAGUCUAGUUUCCCCCGUCACCAUAUAAAGUUAACUAACAUGCAACUUGGUGUUAUUGAUUCUAGUCACCAUGCUGAACAUUACAUCCCAUGAUAUGACUUAUUUAUUUUAUGACCCCCUUCUUUGUCUUGCCCACCCUCCCUGCUCCCCCGCUCUGGC